CCGCGCGUUUUCCUGUUUGUGCAAGCGAUUGAGGCUCAGCUCUCGCUCUUGACCACACCCCACCCUCCCACCGCGGCGGGGUGCGUGAUCGGCCUCGCACCCCGCCCCUCCCCUUCUUCCCCUGGUCCCAUGACAGGUGCUGCUGGAGAUGCUCAGGCGUGUUGA